AUGGGCUCCGACGAGUUCGGGCGGGCGGCGGCGAGGGCCGCGGUGGCGCGGACGCUGCAGGCCGCGGGGUUCGCCUCCGGGAGCAGCUCGGCCGUGGACGCGCUCGCCGACGUCAUGCUGCGCUACCUCCGCCUCCUCGGCGGCGCCGCCACCGCCCACGCCAACCACGCCGGCCGCGCCGCCCCCAACGAGCUCGACGUGGUGCAGUUCCUCGAGGAGACCGGCGAGGCGUACCAGGGCUUCGAGGGCGCCUCCUCGACCCGCCGCGGCUGCCUCCAAAGCUCCGGCGUCGUCAGGGAUUUGGUCGCGUUUGCUGACGCGGCUCGUGACGGGCCAACCUCUGCGAGCCAGCGCCUGCCCAGGUUCCCGGUGCAGCACGCCCCGCCGUCGCCGCCGUCGGCUGCUAGCUUUGCGGCGCUGGGGAAGCGGACUGGGAUGGGGCAUGUGCCCGCGUGGCUCCCGGCCUUUCCGGAGUGUGCGAUGGCGGCCGAGGAGGAGCCGGGCGAGAAGGUCGGCGGGCGUGCGGUGGACGAGGUUGAGCAGGUGUGUCGGGAGAGGAAUGCUGGGAAGUCGCUGCUCGGUUUGCAACGGCAGCUGGCGCUGGCGGGUGGCGAUGGGAUCUGCAAGGGGGAUGAGCUAAAUAUGGCUGGGAUCAAGAGCAAUCCGUUUCUUGACUCGGCGUUGUGUUGUGGGGUGAAGGAGGUGCCAGUGGUAGCCAUGCCGAAUUUGGGGAAGAAACGCUCUGUUCUCGAGUCCUUUGCACCUGCUUUCACAGGAUCAGAGGUUGAGGGGAAGGACCAAGACCAAGGUCGAGGUCGGAAGAGGAUGGUUCCAAAGGAGAGGCCACCGGUCUAUUUUAAGAUUGGGACUGAUAGGAGGAAGUCAAGGGUGAUGGCAUGGAAUUCGAGAGACUUUGGAGGACUGUAACGGCCCCUGGUUCCUGGAGGAUGGUCGGAAACGGAGGGCACUGUCGAUACUAGCAAGAGAAGUGGAGGAGCCAACUUGAUCUGCUGUACGCUUACAAUUCAGGCUGAUCCUGCUUGCCCUGUUUCUCGCUGAUGAUGCUUUCUUCUCCAUGCCUGUGAUUCUUCAUCUCUUCCUCGUGCCGACCUUGGAGGUUCUUGCCGGCUUUCACCACCAUUGGCAGGAAACAUACUAUUGAUAGAAGCCGGAAAUAUGCUGCCUGCCUGUUCUUUGCACUGUUAUUGAUUCGAAGAUUUACCAUCUGAUGGAAUUUGAUUGCUACAUAUGUACCAAUGCUGGCAUUCAGGGAACAAGCCAGCCUGCUUCAUUAUCUUGUUCUGUGGAACGAGAACAAAUUUACCGCUGAUGAGUUGCAAACUCCCAAAAACAACUCGUGCUACACGUAACGAAUGCUAGGCGCAUCCGCUCUGUAUCGAUCGUUCCUCCAGCAUAUUAUGCACAUCUGGCAGCCUUUUGGGCUCGAUUUUACACGGAGACAGAUACCUCGGAUAGCGGGUCCGUUGCUUGCGGCAUGCAGCGCCAGGGCUUUUGGAUAUGUUGCUGUCCGGCCUCUCCUUGCCAAGAUGUCAAGCGUGCCAUGGUUUACUGUUAAGGUUGUGGUGGUUUCGGUGACGGUAUUAUUAGUGCCUGCGAGCUGUACUGUUUUACACCAUUAUGCAAACAAUAACAAUUUUUAAGGGUCAUUAGCUUUAGAAUAGCAUGCAACAUCGUGUUUCGCGUCCAGCUAGGAUCUUGCUUGACAAAGCUAGGGUGUGAGAGAACAUAACAUGUUGAGAUUUCCUA